AUGAGCAAUGGCACUACCAGCGACAUCCAGAAGAAGGUCGCUUUCCUCUCUCCUCCACCGACACCAGGGCCUGCAUUGGGUUCUCUACCGGAGAACGAGUCGUCUACGGGGCCGAGUGGUGCACACGCAAAGUCAACGGUGUCGCGUUUCCAGGCUACGCAUGCCAAAGACACGCGCGGGUCGACGUCCACGGCUGCGUCCUCAAAGACUGAUGUCGCAUCAACCGCUCGAUCGGCCAGGCAAGCGUCUACACGAACGGCCCCGUCGCCAUUUACCGCCAAGAGCUAUAACGACGGCGCGUCUAUCCACCAGUCACUGCGGUCAGGGACUCCGUAUUCCCAGACGUCAAAUGCCAGCAGUCGGAUACUGUUGGCGCAGUCAUGGAGUGAGGUUGCAGAGGAGGACCUUGUAUCAAACAUUGGCCAGCGUGAGCGCACGCGGCAGGAGGUGCUCUGGGAGAUUGUUGCAAGCGAGGAGCGCUAUGUGAAUGAGUUAUUAAAGCUGAAAGAAACCUUCAUCGAUCCCCUCCUUCACCCUUAUUCUGCUACCUCACCAAUCGCGUCGCCUACACCACUCGACUACGAGGACUACCCACGUUCGGAUACCCCAGGGAAUCACUCGAGCACCUCCCCAUUGCAGCUCGGUUCCUCUCACCACUCGGACGAUGGUCAUCCGACCAUCGACGGCGAGUCAAUGAACUCAGAAGAGGAAGGAGAGGCGGAUGACCGUAUGGGUGCAACAUACGCUUCUCGGGGGAAGAAUGCCUCUGGUAUGAGCCAAGCAGCAAAGCACAACCACCCCCAAUCGCCGUAUAACUCGCGGACAACAGGUGUUCAAGCGCAGUCAGAGUGGGGUACCGGAAACCGGGGUCAACGGCGCUGUACCUGCGCGAGAAUUGCCGGAGGACCUUCGAAAUGCCUCGAGGUCAUCGAAGGCGGUAUACUCGAUGGGCACAUGAAGCUGAGCGAGAGUCUCAGGAAGAGAUACGAAGAGCAGUACCCGUUGGUACGGUCACUAGCGGACGUGUUCGUCAGCAACGUCGACAACGCUAUGUCAACAGCCAGCGCGAGCAAGAAGCCGAAGAAGCAGGAUGCGGACCAAUGGGUCAAGGUCUGCCAGUGCUUGCAGCGGCUGGAAGUCAUCUCGUCCGACAAGGGCGAGACAGGGCUUGCUAUCUCCCUCUCCAAGCCCUUCCAACGACUACUCAAGUACCCUCUACUCUUCCAGAAUCUGCUGUAUCACACAGACCCGAGUACGUUCGAGUACGAGAGUACGCUUGGGAUGGUAGCAGAGGUGGAGAUGAUCGUUCGCAGUAUUGAGGACGAGAAGAUCCAGAAGGAGGAGCGAGACAAGACAAGGGACGUCUUCGCGCGCAUUGAGGGCUUGGACAAGGUCAAGCAGCUCAUGGUGCCGAAGCCGUCGCGAGUACUCAUGGAGGAAAGAGUUGUCGGCGGUCUCAAACCUGGGACUGAUGCAACCAUCAAACUAUCUGCACCCCCGCCGACGACCGCAAAGGGCGUUAAGGGCAAAACGUCAUUCAGACGUUUAAGCGAUGUCUUGCAACCAGGAAGUGGAGGCGUUGGAGGGAAGAAGGAUCAGUGGCUUGUUGUGUUCAACGACGUCGUACUCCGGUGUCAACGCACGGGGACGACCUCCUUGCCAUUGGGGGCUUCCACGAAUUCGAGGACGACUUCGCUGCCCGAGUUCCAGGGCAAGGCGAAGUACGCCACGACGGGACGGCGGAACGUACAUACGAAGCCUCGUAAUCUGUACAAGUUCCUCAAGAUCGAGACUUGGGCAAUAGGAGACGUCGUGCAGCCGAGAGAAGGUGUUGUUUCGAUGGAGGAUACACUCGGCGUACAGCCUCGCCUCGUACCGAUGCCUGAUGACGACGAGGAUGCAGCUAACGACUCCGACGACUCUGACCGGAAGAGCAAGAUGAGUUUCUCCUACUGGGGAGCCGACAAGGUCACCGUCCAGAAGCCCAUCAAGCCGCGGCAACUAGCAGCCAAUAUUGCACGGCGAGGGGCUGCUGGGUCACCGACUGCAUAUGGCCGGGAGUCAUCGGCGAAUGCCAAGUUUGGUACACGCUUGAUAUCCGCAGACUCGCCUAGCGGCGGUGCACGUCCAGCGAGUCGCAGGACGCAAGUUACACCCUCUGGAGGUCGGCGGCAGCCCCAUUCUGACGAGGACCACACCGUCAGGGCAACUGUUACGAAGGCCACUGUCACAGGCCAUCGUCCAGCUUGGGACGGCAGCACGCGUGCGCCGGCCACUACGCCUACGCAGAAGCGUCCUCGAAACACGUCCCAGACAAGUGCUGCCACGCGGACAACGACGACCGCUACUGCGCCGAAGCAGCUUUCUUCGCCCGCCCCGUCGGAGGAUUCUGGUGUAGGCUUCUACCGCCAGAUCAUUGCACAGAACCCUUCUCUCAAUGCUUUGAACGCUUAG